CACCUUUUAGAGAGAGAAAGUAGGACCCUUCACCGUCGUUCGCGUCCAUCUUCCGGCUCCAUUCUAGGUUAGUCCUCGUCCCUUCUCUUCCAUGUCUUCCCAAUCUUCGGUCUUUCGUCAGUCCGAGUCCGAGCGCGGUGCUGAGGGCUCCGUCGCAGGCUCCGUGCAGGAGAGUGACUCCCGCUCGCCCUCCGUCGAGGAGAUAGUCGAAGCGGUCGAGAUCCCUCUCCAGUCUGAGCCUCGCAAUCAGAGGAAGACCGUUCUCGAGGACUCGGGGAUCCGAGCGCGAAAGUGCACCCUUACUCGGGAGGAGUUCCGCAAAGCGAAGCGCCUAGCUUCGGCGCCGGGUGUAACCGUGCAACGUCCUACUACCGAACAGUCGGUCUUUGACGCCCCACCGGGUUCCUUCGCCAUCCACCUCAAGUCCCUCGAGUAUGGGUUUCGCUUCCCCCUCCACCAGAUAGUUAUAGAUUUCUUCCUCCACUUUGAUUUCCUCCCUUGCCAAGUCGUGCCCAAAUCCCACCGCUACUUGGCGGGAUUUCUCAUUCGUUGCCAAGGGACCGGGGUUCGUCCCGAUCUGGCCCGUUUCUUGCUUCUCUUCCGGUUGGCGAAGUCGUCCGGUCGGGCGAACUCCGACUCGGGCUCGUACGCCUCCAUAUUCCAAAGACAGGAGAAGCUCUUCAAGACGAGAAAAGACUCCGCCAAGAGUUGGAAGGGGAAAUUCGUCUUCGUUUCUCUGUCCUCGGGCUCCCCCUUUCGUAAGGAACCCCUCAGCUCCUUCCGACGCCGUUCCGCCUUCAUCAACUCGGUCAAGAUGCUCGAGGAUGUAGAGACGCUCUGCCGAGGGGGGCCCUUCGAGGUCGGAUCGAUAGUGACGAACGACGCGUUACCGGCGCUCGGAUUCGUCUUCCUAUCCCUGGAAGAAACUCAGCGGAGCAUCGAAGAAGGCCCCUCAGGUGAAAUCAUGCUUUCCAGCGCCGAGCGGAUGAAGCUCAUGUUCCCAGAUGCCACAAGCGGCAGCUCCCGGGCUCCUAUCGUGGCCGGUCGUCCUCCGACUCCGCCGGUGAAGCCGAUCCCCGAGCCGGCCCAGAAGAAGAAGAGGAAGGAUACGGCCUCGGCCACUGACACUCCCACGGGGUCCGAGUCCCCCCUGAUGAAGGAUUUCGGCCACCAGAGGCAUGUCAAGGCAGCCUUCCCCGCAGGGGUCUCCUUCCUUGACCGGGACUACGAUCCGGAGACUUUUCUGCGUAGCAUGACCCCCCCGACCGACCGCGCCAAGAUCAAGGACGCCGACCGGGAAGCUCUUGCCUUGGACAUGUUUCACGAGAUGGGCUCGGCGAUGAUGCGCAUGGUCGACAUGACCCAGCGACUGCGCAUCAAUGAGGCUGACCGGAGNAGAGAGAGAGAAUGCAAAGUAGGAGUUUAUUCGUUCUAAACUUGGAUCCAUUACAAUGAGGGGUCUCUCCCCUUUUAUAGGGGAUACAAUACACAUAGUCAAAGUUUCUCUGAUCGAGGUUCGUCGCCUAGCGGACGUCAUCUCUGUUAUGCGUUGUCUCUUUCAUCCCAUCGCUGUCGCGCAGUCAACGUGGCCGGUCGCUAUCCGGCGGUCGCUAUCACGGUCUCUAGCCGAGCUCACGGGCCGAGCCGAGCUCAUGGGCCGAGCAGAGAAAAUCUUCCACGUGGCUGAUGGGGCCCGGUUGACAUGUCUUUUGGGGUCGUCCUCCAUCAUAAGCCCCCCACUCUCCGGGUUUCGUUGCAAUCAGCGAUGGAACACGAGAGAGUAUGGGUACUGUAGGAGAACGGCGCGGGGUCCCACGUGGAGGGGGAUAGCAG